AUGCAGUCUCUCUUCACAGUUUUUGCAGCGCCAUCGGCUUCUGUUAAAGAAAGGCUCAUGGCACAUUUCUGUCACGCCAGCCCGUCGUGGCUUACAAUCGGCGGUGAUACCCGCAGAACUGCAAUGUUAAACCUGGUCGUGCCGGCCGCCAUGAGGAGCCCUUUGAUCUCUGACUGUAUUCUAGCAGUAGCUGCUGGCGACUUGAGCAAAUACGAACCUGCGAGCUCUGAGUUGCAUAGCUUAGCGAAUGGCUUUUAUGGUCAAGCUGUCGCUGGGGUACGGUCUGCAGUCAGCCACGAAUACCUGUUAUCAGAACCAGUCCCUCCUCCCGACUACAUCGGACAUACAUCACAUUCAAAUGCUGUCAACGAUUUAUGCAUCUCAAGCUCUGGAGACGACACACUAUUAGCCAUUCUCCUUCUUUGCGUGCAUGAGUCCCAGAAUUUUACCAUGGCUGGUAGGCUUCUACCUCAUCUCAACGCAGCAGCCAUGGUGUGUCACAGACGCUUUGUGCAUCCAGCCUCCGAUUCCUCUUUGAGGGGAUUAUUAUUUGAGGUGUUCUGUUACUUUUUUGCUCUGGCAGCGUUUUCUCACGGUCAGCAGCUGCCGCUACAUCUCGCCCAACAAGUCUUCAUCUCUCCUUUUCUCUCUGCCGAACAUUCGCAGGACAUACUGCUCGCUCCACGAUGUCGCAGAGUGUUCUCUUGCAUACUCAAAGUUGCAAUGCUAACAAAAACACUUGGCUCCGCCAAUGGGCCAUAUUAUGAAGCCACAAUUUCCGAGCUGCGAGAGUUGGAAGCACAACUCGUUAGCGAGCCGGCGCUUCCGUCCAGGAAUGUUGAAGCCGCAGCCUCACACGAGGACACGAUCUCAGAGCUUUACCGAGUCGCAUGUGCGGUCUACGUUAAGAUGACAUUGGACCCGGACCUGUCGUAUCAGUACAAAUCCGUUCAGGAUCUCGUGGUUCAAUUCGUGCUGCAUCUCAAUCAGCUGCCGGCGACCUCGCCAGCGAACAGCAUCAUGGUUUGGCCACUCGUGGUCGUUGGCAUGUCGGCUGUUUCUGUAGCACACCAGCGUCUGAUUGUUGGAAGGCUCCGCGCAUUGCACAAGAUAUGUAGGUCGGACAUUGUCACCAAAAGCGCCGAUAUGCUGGGCAAGAUUUGGCGGGAAAACAACAUCCAACCCACUUCUUCACCGCACAGCUCAUACAGUGCUCGCGAUACCGUCACGCCAGGGUGCAUGGCAGGACGGAAGAUUACCGAGUACGAAGUAAUGUUCCUCUAA